AUGGCUUGUGCUUUCGAUGAGCAGUGGGAGCUUGCUCCAGCCCCCAGGCACAAGAAGAAGCUUCUGCGGCAUGUCCGCCACAGCUGGUUGAGGGAGCCCGUGCCGCAUCCAGAUGACCUCUCCGAGUCCAAGAAGGCUCUGAAGGUUGUGGCGGAUGCAAGUUUGGAGGAGUGUCUCGACGAGAUGUUGAGUGAGCGGCAAGAUGCAACUUCCAGCCUGACCUCCUCACGCAAGCUCGACAAGCAAUGGAGCUCCUUGUUGAGUACAGCGCGGCGUAAGGUUCAAGGCUCCAUUGAGACAGAGUUCGGUCCCGAGACCAAGCUGGAGCCGCUUCACCCCGACCCACAAGUCAAAGAAGACUUCUUCUUUGCCCGGAAAUGCUUCUCGCACACCACGACCUUCACAUACCACGGAACCAAAUCCCGGAACAUCGCUUCUAUCUCUCGCGUCGGCCUGCUGAUGCCCGGUACGAAUGGGCACAAGGUCGCAAACGGAUCUGCGCAUGGCGUGGGAAUCUACACUGCUCAGCUGGGCUCAGCAACUUUGUCCAAGGGCUUCUGUGACUCCAACAAGAUGUUUGUGUGCGCUGUCUGCGAUUCCAGCCAACCUGUGGAUGAGCCAGAGGUUACGCUCGACACGCAGUGGAAACCUUCAGGAACCAUCGUCCAGACGAUCUUCCCAAAAGGUCCCGCAGCUGUCAACGUCCACCCGUCAGUGAAGCGACUGGGCAGACACAACGUCCAGCGCCGCUCCGAUCAAGUCCUCCACGUGGGCGAUGCCGUAGUGACUUUUCAACAGGGCUGCGUGGUUCCGCUGUUUUUGCUCGCGUGGCCUUCGGAGAAAGAGUGGCAGGAGGAAGAUGCCACACUGCCACAGCCUGCAGUGCCAGACCAGCUCGUGCUGAAGCACCACGCCUGGGAUCUUUUCGAGCAGCCGUGGGAGCUGCCGCAGCAAGUUGGCCGUCGCCGCCUUGCUGUGCCGGAGACGGAUGCGACGCGGCUCAUCAAGUUCGGGAAUGAGUACGAUUGCAAACACCCACGAAGAGGUCGCACGGUCUGGCUCGUCUCCGAUCCUUUCCAGGGCCGGACCUCUAGCGAGAAAUGGGUGAAGCGGAGAUUCAUCGAACGGCAGCAAUGCGUUGCAAUGAAGCGUCGGCAGAGAUGGAAGGACGAUCACCUGGGCAAGUUCGGCGGUGCGCCCUGGGUCCAAGGUCACGGGUUCAGGUUCUGA